CUAGUGCAGUGACCCUGUAACAACAUAUUGGUCGCAAACUACCAGAAACUCAGUUAUCUUGUGUAGUGCAGGAAAAGUCAAUGAAAUCUUGCUCAGCACCCAUGGUUGGUGUUUUUCUCCUUGUGUAUAUCUCCAUGAAUUUAUUCCUUAAAUGUCAAGGUCAAAAGAUUAAUCAAGCUAAGAUUUUCAGUGAAACUACAGAAGUACCAGAAGGUGGUAGACUGGAAGUUACCUGCAGCACAUUUGGUUUUACAAGAAAGGCAGUUUAUUUAUAUCUGUGCAAAAAUGGUAAAGCUAUUGAUAUGUUAAACGGACCCACUCGACAAGACACUUCCUUUAAUAUAGAGAGAAUAGAAAUGAACCAUUCAGGCAACUACAGCUGUGUGUUUUCAGAAGAGCUGUUGCAAAUAAACAAAGUGAUGGGAUAUGGUUAUAAUUACAUCUUCAUAAAUGUGACUGAAUCUUUUAUUAAUACACAGAUAUAUUUGCUUAAGUCUGAGGUGUCAGUGGGAAGUGAUGCUGAAUUCAACUGUACAACAUCCAAUCCUUUAAACAAAAACCAGUCCAGGAACAUGAUCUUGGUUUAUCUAAUCAAAAAUGGAAAGCCUAUUAAAGUUAAUAUUUGGGACACAGAGAAGAUGAUGACAACAUUCACCCUCAGAGAAGUCCAGAUGGAAGAUGCUGGGACAUACAGUUGUGUUCUAUUGUUAAACAUACUCCCUUACCAUGGAAUGAGACUUCGUCAAAAUAUUAAAGUUGAUCUUCAGAUAAUUGCGAUAUCUAACAACAUCAUUGACAAAGUCAAAAUUGUCAUAAUAUGUUCCACAGUGCUGCUACUUAGUCUGUUUCUGGGAAUCUGGGCACUUAUCCGAAAACGAGGUAGUAUUUUCUCAAAAUCUAAAAAUACUGGCACAUUUCACCUUCUUGAAUUAUUCUGUUUAAAUUUCACUACUCUUAUUUCUUUCUAAUAGGAUGCCUUGGAAUCCAGAAUGAAAGGUUGGUUCGAGAAGUUAUGAGAAACUAAAGUAAAUAAGAAAUUAAAAUAUACCAGAUAUAGAUUUAGGACAAUUCUGAUGCAAUCUUAAUGAGACAAAAUUAAACAGAGCUCAGAGGAACAGAAACAUUUUAUAAAGGUAUUCAUUUUAUGGUUCUUGUUUCUUGUUGGAUUAUUUCCUAUGAAAAACAGGAAGCUGAGGUAGGCUGUUCUAUUAACAACUGAGCUCACAAACUU